UUUGAACAUGUGACAAGGCCAGGGUCUGACAACGCAUGCUCUGUACGGAGCAUAGAACAGCAGGCGAAAUCAGAAAUUGAAAUUCAUAACCACUGUUUUUCUCCCCUGUUGAAGGCAUUGAGGGUUCACGCAUGCUCUCUGCCGGCUAUAACGUGGAGAAAGCAAAUUAAGGUCUCGCUGCCCCCAAUGCGCAAGCUCAGUAUAUUGGCGUGAUUGAUGUCGGUUUGGUGAGUCUGAGCUCAAGGGGUCGAAUCAGCUCUUCAGCUGAUUUUUACUGGGAGUGCAGCGGGCAGAACUUUGUGCAAUACUGCUGGAUAGAAAUAGCUAUUUCAGGCAAUCGCCUUUGACAAAGAACGCGGAGGAUGUCGGCGAAUAAAGCCAAGAAAGUGAAAAUGGCUACCAAAUCAUGUCCGGAAUGCGAUCAACAGAUUCCAGUUGCGUGCAAGUCGUGUCCCUGCGGCUAUGUGUUCAUAAGCCGAAAACUUCUAAAUGCCAAACUAACCGAGAGGUCGCCACCAGUAAUAGACAAAUUGGAUGCAAAGAGGAGGAGAACGGAACGAAUCCGCAGAGAGAAAAUCAGCUCCGCCUCAACCAAUGACAUGGAAAACAGGAGGAGGUCCCGCUCAAACAGCCAAUCGGAGCAGAUCCGCAGAGGAAGGGGGCGGCCAAAGACCACCACUCUCAAGAAACAGGAGGAGGAAAAAGAAAAACAAGAAAAAGAGAUUGACAUUUACGCCAACCUGUCAGACGAGAAGGCCUUCGUGUUCUCUGUGGCUUUGGCCGAGAUCAACAGGAAGAUCCUGGGACAGAGACUGAUCUUGUAACCAGGAUGCUGGGGGACGGUGGCAGUGACAGUGAGAUGGCUUGGGACGGUCUGCAGGACGGUCCUGCGAUUGACCGCGAUGGGCCUGGCAGGGGUGUGUGGGAGGGGUGGAGAGAAAAGAGCUGUGAUCAGGAAGUGCUUUCCAUAGGUUGAGGGCCCUCCCCCUCACUGGCCCAAGCUGUGGCAUGGCCAGAGGCGCAUGGGACACCUAUUGUUCCUUUGUGGAUGAUGUAGAAUGAAUCUUAAAACCCUUUCCUAACUAAUGAACUCAAAAUA